UUAUAACGGGACUGUGGAGGGGCGUUCUGGCACUGGGCGGGGGACACUGACUUGGUGUCACUAACAUCCCCAGUGACACCAAUACAGUGAUCAGUGCUAAUAAAAAGCACUGACACUGUACUAAUGGCACUGGGCAGGGAGGGGUUAAUAUCAGGGGCGAUCAAAGGGUUAACGGUGUGCUGUUUUACUAUGAGGCUGUGUGUGUUUCACUGUAAGCACUCUGCUAUGCACAGCCAUACAAAGCAGUGUGCAGGAGCUGAUAGGGGAGAGAUCUGUAUUGUUGACUUGCAGUUCUCUCCCUCCGCCGAAAUGCAAAAU